AUGAGAGUUUUUGAAAAUGGCAAAUGGAAUGAAUUUAUAAACUCUCACUUGACCAUCUUUAGUGUCAUUAAGCUGAGCUUUCAGCUCUGGGUAAAACAUUUAAAAGAUGAAAAAAGACGAUGUGUUACUGUGGUGAAGGCUUUGUUUCAUUUCAAGAACGUUGAUUUUGGGUUGAGGCAACACUUUAUGAGUGACAAACAUCUCACACUGAGGUUGUUAUAUGUGAAAGCUGACUUCCCGCAUUCCUUCAUUCUAGUUUAA